AUGGGAAAGAAGAACGAGAAUCAGAAAACGGGGCUAGGUCGAGCCCUCGUGAAGCAGCACAAUCAGAUGAUUCUACAGAGCAAGGACAAGUCUCGCUUAUACAAAAAGAAGGUUCUCGAAUCCUUCACCGAAGUCUCCGACAUCGACGCCGUCAUCGAACAAUCCCUCGAAUCUCUCCCCGAACACGCCGCCGCCUCCACCACCAUCAUCAGCCUGGACCCUACCGAAAUGACGCCUGAAGAAACGAGGAAGCAUGAGGAGGCGCUCUACGCCAGCAGCCUCCGAGUUCCGCGCCGGCCGCCUUGGAAUCCCAACAUGUCCCCCGAGGAUCUUCACGACAGCGAAACGCAAGCUUUUUUGGUUUGGCGUCGCAGUUUAGCGAGGCUUGAGGAGAAUAAGAAGCUUGUUCUUACUCCGUUUGAGAAAAAUCUUGACAUCUGGAGACAGCUCUGGCGUGUUGUUGAGCGUAGUGAUCUGCUUGUUAUGGUUGUUGAUUCGCGAGAUCCACUGUUCUAUCGUUGUCCAGACCUUGAGGCUUAUGCACGUGAGGUUGAUGAACAUAAACGAACAUUGCUUCUAGUUAAUAAGGCAGAUCUUUUACCUGCUUCUAUCAGAGAGAAAUGGGCAGAAUAUUUUCGAGCUCACGAUAUUCUCUUCAUCUUCUGGUCUGCUAAAGCUGCUACCGCCACCCUGGAAGGCAAAAAGCUUGGUUCAUCAUGGGAGGAUGAUAACAUGGGGAGAACUAACAGCCCAGACACAAAGAUAUAUGGAAGGGAUGAGCUAUUGGCCCGUCUUCAAUCAGAAGCAGAAGAGAUAGUGGAUAGGAGGAGGAAUUCAGGCUCCUCUGAUGCAGGGCCAUCUGAUUUUAAAUCUACUGCUGAAAAUACUGGUGGUAGUUCAUCGCCGAGUAAUGUAGUUGUGGGAUUUGUUGGAUAUCCUAAUGUGGGGAAAAGUUCAACUAUUAAUGCUCUGGUUGGUCAAAAACGGACAGGUGUCACCUCUACCCCGGGGAAAACUAAGCAUUUUCAGACAUUAAUUAUUUCUGAUAAGCUUACCCUCUGUGAUUGUCCUGGAUUAGUUUUUCCAUCUUUCUCAAGCUCAAGAUAUGAGAUGAUUGCUUGUGGUGUGUUACCUAUUGAUAGGAUGACUGAACACCGGGAAUCUGUCCAAGUUGUAGCUGAUAGAGUCCCAAGACAUGUCAUCGAAGAGAUUUACAAGAUUAGGCUUCCUAAACCUAAGCCAUAUGAGUCCCAAUCCCGUCCCCCUCUAGCAUCUGAACUUUUAAGAACAUACUGUGCUUCCCGUGGCUAUGUUGCUUCUAGUGGACUCCCGGAUGAAACAAGGGCUACUCGUCAGAUAUUGAAAGAUUACAUCGAUGGGAAGCUGCCUCACUAUGAAAUGCCUCCAGGUACAUCAAACGAGGAACAAGCUUUGGAAGAUCCCACCAGACAUGACUCAGUUGACUUGCAUGCAUCAGAUUCAUCUGAUAUUGAAGAUUCUUCAGAAGUUGAGAGUGAACUUGCACCAAAUCUGGAGCAUGUAUUGGAUGACCUCAAUUCAUUUGACAUGGCUAAUGGACUUGCUCCAAAAAGAACAACUCUUAAGAAGCCCAAGGCAUCUCAUAAACACCAUAAAAAGCCACAGAGGAAAAAAGAUCGUUCAUGGAGGGCAGGAAAUGAUGAUGCUGAUGGGACGCCAGUUACAAGAUUCAUUCAGAAACCAGCCAAUACAGGUUAUCGGAAGGAUUGA